GCUCGGCCUUUACUCCAUCAUGGUUGGAGGAGAAAACAAAAAAUUAAAGAGCAAGUGAUGGGUGAGUCAGGAAUGGAUUCUAUUGACAACGUGACCUUGGAUUCAGUGGAAAUUGAAAGUCAAAGUGAUAACUCUUCUGGUAGCAGCUUAUUUACAACACAGUGUGUUCCUUACUCACCUAAACAGAAGCAAACAAGCUCCAUUAGAAAAUCUGUUCCUUUGCCUGAAAGUGUUCAAGCAAGAGAUUCAUCAAGUGACUCAUCUAUAGAACCAGUGACUUUAAAAGCUAUUUUUGAUAGAUAUAAGAAUAGGAAACAUAAACAUAAAAAGAGGAAAUAUAAACCAACAAGAAGAAAAAGGGGAAGACCAAAAGAAAGGAAAAAUACCAGAAGUUCACGAACAGAUAAAAAACUAUUUAACAAAGGACCUGGGUUCCCAUUUAUGGAAUCAGAGAAUGAAGGAAAACCAUCACCUUGGAGAAAAACUUUAACUUAUGAGCAAGCUGUUGCAAGAGGAUUUUUCAACUACAUUGAAAAACUGAAGUAUGAGCACUAUCUUAAAGAAUCUUUGAACCAAAUGGAUGCUGGUGAAGAUUUAGAAAAGGAAGAUUUUGAUAGUCGUAGGUACAAGGAUUUGGAUGAUGCUGGAUCCAUUUCUCCUAUUGUAGAAGAGUCAGCAGCAGAGGAUGAGGAUGCAGCACAUGUUGAACACGGUGAAUGUGAUAUCGAGUUGGGAGCAGAUGAUAGUUUCAUAGUAAGUUCUGAUUUCCCAAGGAAGAUCAAUGUCUAUUUAGACCAAAAUAAUGGUACUAAAGAAGCUGCUUUGUCUAAAAAGAGAGCUACCAGGGCCAGAAGCAGUGGACAGAGGACACCAGGGCCUGAAAAGGAGAUGGGAACAUGAAUGUCCAAGAAGGUAAACAAUACAGUGAAGUGGCUUUCCACAGAAACUGGCCCUGUGGUGAAGAAAUUAUUUAUGAAGAACAUUACAAAACCCCCAAAAUUUAAAAACAACCUGUGAUGUUUGUGAGACUUGCAAUGAAUAAGAAUUAUUAAUAAAAAAUUACAAAACACCAGUAAAAUAUGUAGGCAAUGCUGAGAAAUUAUCACUUAUGAAUAAUAAACAGAACAU